CUUAUCUGUGUCCGGCGGCUGCUACCGAUCUCCUCCCGGAGUUGUCCCCUAAACCAGUUCCGCUCCAGAUGCUACCUCCCAGAUGAUGAAGGGAGAUCAAAUUCAUUCUGCAGACGGAUUCGAAGAAGGAAGGGUCAGGUGCCAAUUUCUUCGUUCUACCUUCGGAUUCCAAGAGGAAAGGGGUCAAUUUCGGUCUGUAUUAGAAAAAGGAGUUGUUUUUGUAUGUCUGCGUCGCGUGAGAUAAUAGUAAACCUGUCUGUUUACGGAUUCUACACCGGCUUGAAGGGGAUUCGGAAGCCUCCUCCGUCUCCGUCUCUUCUUUUGGGAUUAGGAUCCGAGGAGGCUAUAUAAUAGGACCAGGCUGGACGCUGACGAUUGUCGCACACAGAGGGGGUCAUCAUUUCAAGAUUCGUUUUUGUUUGUGUUCUGUUUAUCGACGCAAGCUGGUCUUUUUUGACAUCGCAUCAGCAUGAAGUUUAACAGGGGUCGCCGCCACCGACCUAACUUGAAGACAGAAGUUGGUAGUGGAGACAUGCCAAGCAUCUUGCCUGGCAAUAUACAAGCUUGUAAUGGGGACAGGCUAAGUGAACUGCCUGUCGAUGUGCUGCUCAACAUUCUCGAGAGGGUGGGCACACUUGAUGCUGUAAGAACCUGCAUCCUUUCGAAGCAAAUGCAGAUGCUGCCAAAUAUGCUCUCACAGAUCGUUAUUGAUCUCAGCCCUCGUGAUUUGUUUCAAAAAAGUCAUGUUGUGGCUGAUGUGACCAACAAGAUUCUUAGUAGGAGGUGUCCACAUAUCACCAUUCGCAUGCUGAAGCUCAAAUUUGUCUUGAGUCCUUCUUGCUGUCUUUCCAUCGGCAAAUCCGUUGGCCUCGCCAUGACAACACAGAAAUUCGAUGCAGCUGAGUUUCAGAUCAUGACACCGAAGGAUUUCCAUGUUUCCACUGAUGCCCAUCGCGUGCUCUUUGCUAAGCAGUUCAAUACUUUUGUUCGCGAUUGUCCUGAUGCAUUUGCUGGUCUCACACGUCUGCAUGUACAGAACAUGAAUUUUGGUGAAUCAGACAUACCCAACAUACUUAGCUAUUGCAAGCGGCUGGAGUCACUGUCUUUCUUCAUGUGUGGCGCGGGGAGCAGUUCGGUGCUGUAUCUAGAACACGCUCAACUCGUCGAGCUUGUUAUCUCCUAUUGUCGAUUCAAAACAGUGGAGGUCAAAAGUCUACCAAAGCUCCAAAGGAUGACCUUUGGUGAUUGGACCUGUGAUGAAAAUCCCUUGGUUCUUAAUUUUGUCCCUCAGCUUUCAAAGCUCAGUCUUGCUAAUCCAAACUUUUCGGGCAAGACCCUCAACUUAAGCAAGCUGCUUGCAAAUGCCCCUACUGUAAACGAUUUGUUUCUGGAGUUUCGAAGUGAAAAGAUUUGGGUUCAACCAGAAUGCCCGAAAGUGCUUGCUCCUUUGCUCGCCAAACUACGGUUUGUGAAUCUGGACCAUCUUCGUGAAGAAUGUGAUAUCUCUUGGACAAUGUUCCUUCUUGAAGCUGCACCAUCAGUAGAGGACCUUUGCAUCACAGUAUGGGAUCAUAAGUGCCGAAGGAAGUCACAUGAGAGUUACUCCAAGAAAACAGAUGUGAAGUGGAAGCCAUCUGGUCCUGAUUUUAAACACAAGAAUCUGGCGAGACUAACUAUUUACGGUUUCCAGUCCGAUGACAAUUUCACAGGAUAUGUCAGGCGUGUCAUUCAAGCUGCGGUGAACAUCAGGAAGGUAUCUCUGCACGACAGGAAGGUGUGCGAGCUCUGUUCUGAAAAGUUUCCUCAUGCCGAGGCUCGUCCUUCGGGUUAUCCACGGACCAGCGAGGAGAUGGAUUUGUCGAGGAAGAAGAUGGCAGCGGCGUCGGCGACGACCUGCCCUGAUAUUCACUUCUGCUCAUAAGGUUGAUUUGAACAUGAAUAUGGUUGGAAGGAGCGAUGUUGCUUUUCUGCUGAAAUGUACCCCCUCUUGUCCAUAAAAGUAAGACGUUUUAGACUGACCAUACAUGUAUCUAAACGUCUUUUAUUAUAUUUAUUAUUAUGAAGAGAGGGAGUAUCUCGUCUAUCAAUUUGUUGGAA